AUGAGUCUCAGCAAGUUUAACUCAGUGUUAAGAAUUUGCAUACGAAACUACGGUUUCACGGCGAUUCGACGGGACUAUGGCCCUGAAGCUGUGGAAAAACUCCGUGGCUCUCUGACGAUUGAGCAAACUUUGGCCAGAAGAGGAGCAGAAAGACUUAAGCAGCUGAUAUGCAGCGGAGAAGGAGACUCGUAUGUUAACGCACUGGGUGCCAUGACAGGUUAGAUAAGUUAAAGUCGUAACUUAAGACAACUAUAUAUUUGAAAAGAUUGCGGCUUUUAAUAAAUACUAAACUAAACUAAACUUAACUUAACAUAGAUUAACGGUUUCUUAAAAACAUAGACAAGCACGAACGAUAUUAAGUCCAAGUGUUCGGCAUUAUUAAGGUAACUUAUGUACAAAAUGUAAAUUGCAACAAGAGAUUUAUGCAAGAAGUUGCCAAGGAAACUAGGAGGUUUAUUUUUAGCGGAAAAUCAAGUUCGGCGACUCCAGGUGUUACCAGAAAAAAAAAAGCGAAACAGGAACAAAACAAAAACAAAACUUUUGGAAGCUAAUUUUAAACUGGAACUGAUACCCUUUGGGUACCCCAUAAAGGACAAAUCUAUCUUUACUGCACACAGGACUCAGAAAGUUGAAUACUGUAAACUACCGCUUACAAGCUCCCCCAUUUAUAAGCCCGCCCUCUCUCCAGUUAUAGACUCAUCUACCUGUAAAAAAAAUACGUCUGAUUAUAAGCCCGGGCACCCUCUAGCUUUUAUUAUUAUGUUUAUCUUGAAAUAAAUUCGAUCUAUUAUGACGAUUUGAAACUUUAUUUAAGACCAGUAAAUGCAAAACGUGUUUUGAUUAGCACUGCUAUAACUUGUUUCGAAGCGCUUUUCUUUUUUCCUUUUCCAAUUUCAAGGCCCCUCGGUUUAUAAGCCCCCUAAAACCCCUUACAAAGAUAUAUAAGCACAGGGAAAAUAUAUGCAGAAGUUAACGGUAAAACAAAUGUUAAAGUCGCAAUGAGUUGUUUUUUAGCAUUUCAGUAACAUAUCCUUCUGCUGUCCCUCCACAGGUGGUCAGGCAGUUCAGAUGGCCAAAGCAGGUUUACAGUCCAUUUAUCUGAGUGGCUGGCAGGUGGCAGCUGAUAGUAACAUGGCGGGGCAGACAUACCCUGAUCAGAGUUUGUAUCCUGCUAAUUCAGCUGCAAAGCUCGUUGAGCGAAUCAACAACGCCUUUAUCAGAGCAGAUCAGAUUGCACAUAUGGAAGGAUCUGACAAACAUAUUGAUUUUUUUUUGCCAAUUGUUGCUGACUGUGAGGCUGGAUUUGGUGGCCCGCUUAACGCCUUUGAAAUCACCAAAGCUAUGGUACGUUUGUAUUUUUCUUCACGUUCUUUUCCAAAUUUCCGAGCCGAAUGAGAUUAAUUCUUACGAUUCGUUUGUCCACAAAACGCACGUAUAGAUUUUACAGAUUGGCAACCCCCUUUGAUUCGCUGCUCGACGUUUCUUUUCCAAAGCUACCCUUGUUUAUGAACUGAAACUUACAGUGGAACCUCGAUAUAACGAACAUCUAUAUAACGAAGUCCGUUUUUGCAUUUGUCCUUCAGAAUUACGGUUUUUACUUACUUACUUAGUUAUAAAACCAUAGCAACGUUCUUCCGGUUUCUAUGGAAACUAUAAUACCAAAACAUUGCUAUUGUACAGUGUGUCAAUAGAAAAAUCUCUACUUUAGUCCUUUGACUGAGUUCCUGUGUUUCCAAGACAAGAGUGACCCCGGCCAUUUCUGAUAUCCCCCGAUUUUCUUAUCACGGUAUAACCUUUGAAUUCUCUUCACCAGAUUUCAGCUGGUGCCGCUGGCGUCCAUUUUGAAGACCAACUGGCAUCAGAAAAGAAAUGUGGUCACAUGGGAGGAAAAGUUCUUCUACCAACACAGCAGUUUAUUAAAGCCCUAAAUGCUGCUCGUCUGGCUGCUGACGUCAUGGAUGUUCCCACUGUUAUUAUUGGACGAACAGAUGCUGAGUCAGCUUCUUUAGUGACGUCAGAUAUUGACCCACGUGACCAGCCUUUCCUGACCGGUGAAAGAACAGCAGAGGGAUUCUAUCGUUCAACCGCUGGCUUGGAACAAGCCAUUGCACGUGGACGCAGUUACGCUCCGUAUUGUGACGUAAUCUGGUGCGAGACAGGCAAACCUAAUUUGGAAGAAGCACACAUGUUUGCUGACGGAAUCCAUUCUAUGUUUCCAGGGAAACCACUGGCUUACAACUGCUCACCCUCUUUCAACUGGAAAGCCAAUCUCAGUGACAAAGAGAUAGCUGUGUUUCAAAAAGAACUUGGUAAAAUGGGCUAUAAAUAUCAGUUUAUCACCUUGGCUGGUUUCCACUCCCUGAAUCACGCCAUGUUCAAGCUUGCACGUGACUACAAAGAGCACGGCAUGUCCGCCUACACCAAAAUUCAAGAAGAUGAGUUCGCGCAAGCGCAGUAUGGCUUUACUGCACACAAACACCAGAGAGAGGUAGGAACGGGAUAUUUUGACCAAGUAAAUAUGGCAAUAAGUGGAGGAUCAAGUUCAACAACAGCACUGGAUGGAUCAACAGAGGAAGAACAGUUCACAGAGAACCACGGGCAUUCGGGAAAGAGUGUAGCGAGCCAAUGA